AAUGUGUAUUAGCCGUUUUCUUGUUCAUCACACAUGCGCUCUCACACACACACUACGCACACACACAAUCAAACACAAAAUCGAGAGUCUCUUCACGUGGUUUUAAAUUCCAAUCCUGAGAGCCGAGGAACAGAGUCCUUCUAACCAAGCCCAGCUCUACAAUGGACCCUAAAAUCAUGCAAGCUGCCGUGUUUAAUUUAAUGAUCCGUCAUCUUCAUCAUCACAGUAAAUCCACUUGAGUAGACCUACACAUUUGGGGGGGGGGGGCAGGUGCAUUAGGACUCAGUUGGGAUCGCUGCAAUGUGAAGGACAAGAGUCUUAUUUAAAUAUACUAAUUUACCCAAGAGCGGAAACUUCCCCUUUAUUUUCGUUCUGACAAGGGCCUUGGCAGAAUCCAGUCACUCCAAGAGGAAUUUCUCUCCUAACUGUGAGGUGGAUUACCCGUAUUCGGAGCACGUCAGGAGUGACAGUAGCCUAAUACUGACCAAAUAUUAUACAAUUUACAGCAUUGCACCUCCCCACUAAAGCAUGCAACGACAGAGAACACAAUGCUGUUUCCAUUUGUUCGGCACUGAAGUGUGUUGCGACAACACGACCUUAUUUUGAUUUUAGCCUUCUGAGGUGGAGCUUCUUUCUCCAGAGCUUUUGACACCGUGCUCACAGUCUGUCGAAGGUGCCUUGUGACUGACAGAUGCUUUCGUGACGUAAAGCAUUCGGGGGCAGUUUUUACUGAAGAAAACAGACCUCUACUUAUUCUCCCUAGCAAACAAACGUCGUCUGCACUCAAGGGAAACUGGGCAAGAUCAGCGCGUUGGAUCAUCUAUCAUGGACAUCCGUAUAUUGUCGAAAGCAUCAAAUGACAAAAUGGGGGUUUUCAUUCAUCUGUGUUUUGUUUUGGAAAUUGAUUUGGAUUGACAGCAUGGUUGUGGUGAGGGUAUCACCAUCCUGCCAUGGACUUUUGUUUUGCAAGAGAUAUCCAUCCAUGCAUUCUUGGACACAUGAAAGCAUCACCACAGCUUCGACAGCAUGAGUCUCUGAACAAAAUUUUACCUCAUACGAGCAUGAAAUACUAUAAAACUCGCCUAGCCUAAAUUCCACAAUGAUAAUUCAUAGGAUGUAAAGCAAUUGACGAAGCGGGCGUGAAAGAUGGACGUGGACAACUUUGGAAGUUGGGUAACAGUUGCUGAAAACGGGACGGCUAACCUCACUGCGGCUGCCAGUAGUCAGGUGAAAAUCCAGAACACCUCGAUCCAGAUGGAUCCGUGGGAGGGCGCACACUCAACUGAAAUGGCACGUUUGGAUAACCGUUACUUUACCAAGGAACUAGCUUACCGAGACUUCGUCACUGCCGUGCAGAUUCUUGUCCUUAUCGGGUCUCUCCUGGGCAAUGCCGCGGUGCUUUGGUGUGCCUGCUACACCAAUGUCUUCAAGUCGGUCACUGGGCGUUUCAUCAAGAACCUGGCGUGCUCGGGCAUCUGCGCUGCCCUGGUGUGCGUGCCCUUCGACGUGGCGCUGGGCGGCAGCCCGCGCUGCUGCUGGUGGCUCCGUGCACUCUUCUUCUGCAAAGCCGUCAAGUUCCUGCACAAGCUUUUCUGCUCCGUCACCGUGCUCAGCUUCACUGCCAUCGCUCUGGACAGGUACUACUCUGUGCUUUACCCUUUGGAGAGGAAGAUAUCUGAUGCCAAGUCUCGAGACCUGGUCAUCUACAUCUGGGUGCAUGCCGUGGUGGCGAGCGUGCCCGUGCUGGUCGUUACCAACGUUACCGACAUCUACGCCACGUCUUCUUGCUUGGCCAACCCGAGCAACCCGCUGGGCCACCUGGUGUACGUGGUGGCGUACAACGUCACCACGGUGAUUGUGCCGCUGGUGGCCGUGUUCCUGGCCAUGGCCCUGAUCCGGCGUGCCCUGAGCACCAGCCAGAAGAAUAAGGUGAUCAUCGCAGCGCUGCGCACGCCGCAGAACUGCAUCUCCAUCCCGUAUGUGUCGCAGCGCGAGGCCGAACUGCACUCCACGCUGCUAGCCGCCGUGCUGGCUUUCACGCUCUGCAGCGCCCCCUAUGCCGCGCUGGUGGUCUACCAGGCGCUGGUGCUGGGCAUGGGGGCCAAGGGCGUUGCCGUGGCGGUGCCCGUGGCGCUGCGUCUCACCGCCGCCUGGCUGCCCAAGCUGUCGCUGCUCACCAACCCGCUGCUCUUCCUCACUGUCAACCGCUCGGCCCGCCUCUGCCUUGCCGACCUGCUGGCACGGGCGCACCGGCGUUGCAGCCGCCGCAAUGCCGUGACAGCCAACGGCCUGGGAGAGGUGGGCGGUGGUGGGGGUGGAGGUGGAGGUGGAGUAUUGGGCGGAGAGGCGGCUGCUCGCUCGGGCAGCCAGCUGCUGGAGAUGUUCAACAUCGGCCAGCAGCAGAUCUUCAGGCCCAGGGAGGAGGAGGAGGAAGAGGAGGAUGAAGAGGGAGAGGAGGACGGGAGGCACAAGAUCCCGUCUGUGGGCUCAGGAAGAUCCCAGCACAGAGACGACGAGUCUAUAGCUGGUUUGGGGAGAGGUGCCGGUUCUGUUGGACCGGACCCGACCCAGCAGCAGCAUCAGCAGCAGCACCAGCAGGGGCAGAAGGAGGUGGGCCUGUCUCUGCCCAAAUCCUCCCCGGUCCACGCUUGCGCCUACUCCUCUUCCCAGGUGGCGCCCGCCACCCCCACAGACCCAGAGGAGGCCACUCAGUUUGGGUUCGGCCCGUUCGAGCUGCCGCCACAGUGGCUGCCCGAGACCCGCAACAGCAAGCGCAGGCUCCUGCCCCCGUUGGGGAACACGCCGGAAGAACUCAUCCAGACCAAGCAGCCACGGCCACGACCAGAACGCCGCAUCAGCCGCAACAACAAAGUCAGCACCUUUCCCACCGUGGACACCUGACGAGGGGCUGAAAGACAUGACACAGCAGCACUGAAACAGUGAACUGGGACCAUAACAGGGAUAAAGACAUAUAGACUGACUGCGCUGUGUGCCAAAGUCACAGUUUGAAACAGGCUUCUGUUUUUUUAUAUUUCUGAAGGAAGAUAUUCUCUCACAUCUUGAUCUUGCGCUGUUUUCUCCCCUUAAGAACUCCCUUUUUACAUGUAUUUUUUUCACCCUGAGAAGUGGAUUGAUUUCUGCUGCUAGCCAGAUGGCUAUUUGAUGAAUGAGAUCAAUAUGACCAAGCCGAUCUCCUGACACUGACCAAACGCCUAUUUUGUUUACAUGACAUACAUGGAAGUUUGCAUUUUAAUCUUAUUUCAAGUUCAGAAAAUGCUCAGUAAUCAGAGUUGUGUUCUAGGACAUAAUCAGACAACAAAUCAUUUCAUCCUACAAUCAUCUGAAACCAUUUUUUUUUAUUUCAAAGGUCAACAUUACCAUAUCUACUUGUAGUCUUUUUCAACGUCUGUCUGAAUCGUAAUUUGCAGUAGGUCUAAGGAUGUUUCAGAGUGGAAAACGUCAAGAAAAGUUGAUCUCUACUGUUGUUGACGUGAUAUAUUUUAACACCUU